AUGAACUCCCCGGCUGCGUCUACGGACAAGGCCGACUCGUUCCUCUCUCAGUUUGAUACCGUGUUUCUCAUAGAUGAUAGCGCGAGCAUGCGCGGCGCAAACUGGCAGGCCACAGAGAGCGCCCUGGCCAAGGUCGCCCCGAUAUGCACGGCUCAGGACAAGGACGGAGUUGAGAUAUAUUUCCUAAACCACCGCUCCGAAGCACCGGAUGGAGCUUAUUCCAACAUCAAGGACACUGGACAUGUGCGUGAGGUGUUCACCACCGUGGCUCCGCGGGGCGGCACUCCGACAGGUGCAAGGCUGAUGCAUAUCCUGAAACCGUACCUGAAGAGGUUUGAAGAAGCGUCCAAGAGCAUGACGCCGGAUGAACGAGAUGAAGCUAUACGGCCACUAAACAUCAUCGUCAUCACCGACGGCGUCCCGACGGAUGACGUCGAGAGCGUAAUAAUACUGGCUGCGAAGAAGCUGGAUAAAUGCAAUGCGUUACCGUGGCAGGUGGGUAUUCAAUUCUUCCAAGUCGGAGAUGACCCUGACGCUGCAGAGGAUUUGAAGGAGUUGGACGACGCGCUGGCGGGACAGAAUAACAUCCGGGAUAUGGUCGAUACCGUACCAUGGGAUGCUACACAGAGCGGCGGUGGCCUUACGGCUGACGGAGUGUUGAAGGUGGUGCUUGGUGCCGUACACAAGAAGUACGACCGAAAAAGCGCCGCCGGAGGACGACAACGAUAG